AGAGCUCUGUGACCGGCACGCGUACAUUCAUGGGUUAACAUCGCAAUCUCUUGUGUCCCUCGUGGGAGUUUUGUGAUGUCAGUGAAGCAGGACAGCUUCAUAGGAUAAGUCAGAUUUCAGCGUUUGUGUUAUUGCUAAGGCUCUGAUGCCGAGAGGUCUUUGACCGGCGGUCCCCUGCUCUCCAGGUCUUGGCUCCUGAUGAAUACGAUCACAGAGUUCCUGCUCUUGGACCAUCUUCUCUCUGCUUUGGCCAUAAUGCCUUCUCCUACGGAUUCCAGCUUCUCGCUCACGGGACGGACCUCACGUAGUCUGUCGCAACUCCGGCUCCACCGAACCUGGUCCAAUGUCCUGCUGGUCCUGGGCUUCGUGCAGAUCACGCUGGGUGUUCUGAUUGUCACAUUUAGCUUGGUGGCUGCCACCAUCACUCCAUCUAUGAAGAUAAAGCAUUCAAGCCCUUCGUGGGCUGGCUUUUCGUUGGCUGUAUCGGGUCUCAUUGGCUGCAUCUCAUGGAAAAGACCGUUCACACUAGUGGUUACUUUGUUCACGCUGCUGACGGCGCUGUGCGUCAUGCUUAGCCUUGCGGGCUCCAUCUUGUCGUGUCAGAACGCCCAGCUGGUGAGAUCCUUCGAUGCCUGCCAGAAGGAGAAAAACUGGUGCGUCUGCUGCCAUGUUCUGUCAGAAAACCAGGUCCUGCCCUCCUGCAGCAAAGACGUGGAGGUCCUGACCAUGUACCCAAACCCGGACUGUGGCAGCAUCCGCACGGCCUUGAAGGACCUGUUGUUUAGUGUCUGUGGCCUCACCAUCCUUUCCACCAUCAUCUGCACGUUGUCCGCUGUCAUCUACUGCAUUCAGAUCUUCUCAUUGGAUGUGAUCCAUGUACUGGCGCCACAGAGAUCCACCUCUGUGAAUCUGGAAUGUCUCUCACCUCAGGACACAAUCCUGCAGAGUAUGAUGGAGUGCGAGGAGUUUGUGCCACCGGUGCCUCCACCGCCGUACUACCCACCGGAGUACACCUGCAGCUCUGAGACUGACGCCCAGAGCAUAACGUACAAUGGCUCCAUGGACAGCCCCAUCCCUCUCUACCCCACAGACUUUCCGCCGUCGUAUGAGAGUGUGAUGGGGAUCCGAGAGGACAGUCAGGCCACGCUGUUUGAUGCCCAGGUUCAUGACGCCUCGUGCCCCAGUGCUUCUGACAGAAUCGACUCCACUGGUCACAGUGGGAACGAGGACAACAGCCCCUCCGAGGACUCGGUUUUGCUGGAGAUACCGGGGUCUGUUUGUUCCGUGGACUAUGUUUUGUACCGGUCCAUCCAACGAAGCCGAGCUGACUAUUGUUUGAGUGUGGACUGCGGACAGUGUCUGCAUCACCGGCAGAGCCCCACAUUCAGCCUGCAGGGGCCGUUUGAGGAGAUCGCUGUGCCCCGUGUAAAGGGGGCGCGCUCAUCCUCCUGCUCCACACCCAGAGCUGGUUCUGACUCCCCUCGGCCCGUGGGAACCAUCAUCACCCGUAGCUGUAACAGGCUGGAGACAGCUGGAUCCGCUUCUGGUCCCUGCUUCCCCGAGGUCAGACUGAAGGGAAAGGCCAGAGGGGCAGCUCGAUGGAGCCAAGGCUCAGGGUGUUCCCAGCAUCACAGCUCCCCGUGCCAGACCCCGGACUGCCCUCACAGGAGGUACAGUGAAAAUACCCGGCCAGUGCUGCCGUGCCCUGAUGUGACCCCACCGCUUCUUGUCCGCUCUCACAGUGACCCAGGGAUCAGCUCCUUAUGCAAUACAGGUCUUCCAGAAGCCGAUUACACCAAGGCCCGGGAGGACAAUGGGUCUUUGUCAUCCAUCGACACAGCUCUCGAGGUCUAUUUACAUGGACACGCACUGCAGGAGUCCCCGGGAUUACUCCGCACGAGCUCAGAUGGGAAGAAUCGGCUUCAGGCUACGCGCAGAGCGGUGCAGAGACUCUCCAAGAGCGGCGCUCUGUCCCUCGGAGACCUAAAGGGUGGCCUCGGCACCAAAGCCCUGGUGGUCAGAUUCUUGCAUCGCUCCAGAAGGAGCUUGAAGGAAGGCACGGACCACCGGUAUCGGAAACAGGUUCCCAAGAGCCCGCUGCCUGGUGAGCAGGAGAGAUGCCAAGAAGCCAGAUGCCUACAGAGCUGCGGAGACCUCAGCACCGCGCCAUCGCUGCGCCGUCUCCUCUCCACGAGCCGGAGGGGGCACAGACGCCCCCAUAGCAUGAACGGUGUGUACAAAGACAGCACUUUGUGAAGUUGGUGCCAUCGAGGCUAAGCGCGCCCCAA